CUCAUUUAUUUUUGAAAAAUCCUAUUGACAGAUUAGUUUUAUCAGCAUUGAACAAAUAAUAUCUCUUUAAACGAAAAAAAGGAAGUAUUCAAUAUGGCGUUGAUUACUUUAAAAUUUGUAUUCUCACUGGUUAUACUUAUAUCCUUUGGUGUCUCGGUUGAUGGGAGCGAAUGCUGUAGGGGGUACACAGACAGCAGCGGAGUGUGGAAAAGCACAGAAUGGUGCUCAAAUUACUGUUGUUAUAAGUGGUCUGCAACUGGGUUCUUUUAUUCAUUGACAAGUCGAAUAAAUGAUGAUCUCGAAUGUUGCAAUAGCAAACUCCGUCAGACUGAAAGAUAUAAAAGACAGGACUCAUGUGCCGAAUGGUGGACAGAUCAUGCAUGGGUACCAGUCUUGAUUUCCAUUGGUUGUAUUGCUGCGAUAACACUUUGUUGUUUUGGAUGCUUCAAGUUAUGUUCUAACAGCAACAACAGAACCGGAGUUGUCGUUCCUAACGCCCAGCAACCAGCUGUUGUCAUGAUGGCAACUCCUAACCAAGGAUACCAGCCUUAUCCUUCCCCGUCGGCUCAAAACCCAGCUGCAUACCCUCCAGGAGGAGCGUACCCAGGCGGGCCACCACCGUACAACUCAGGGGUGCCACCCAAGGCUGAAUAUCAUAAUCAGUAAAUCAAGGAAAAUGCACUUCAUCAGAAUUUUAAUAAACUAUAUGGUAAAAAGGUGAUUUCAGUGGGACUUUACAUGUAUGCAAAUGUAAUUUGAUUAAAUGUGAAAUCAAGAAAUAGCAUAAAGUAUUGAAAUAAAAAUGAAAUAUU